AUGGAGAGCUUCGUCACCACAGAGGACUACAGCCUGAUCACCGAAUACGACUAUUCGGACUCAAUUCCAUGCCAGCAGGUGGCUGAGAUGGCCUUCGGGGCCCAGCUGCUGCCGCCCUUGUACUCUCUGGUGUUCGUCAUUGGUGUGGUGGGCAACACCCUGGUGGUCCUGGUCCUCACAAAGCAAAAGCGGCUCCGAAACAUGACCAGCAUCUACCUGCUCAACCUGGCGGUGUCGGACCUGCUCUUCCUCUUCACGCUUCCCUUCUGGAUCCACUACAUCCUGAAGAACGCCUGGGUCUUUGGCCACGCCAUGUGUAAGCUCCUGUAUGGCCUCCACUAUGUGGGCCUGUACAGUGAGAUUUUCUUCAUCAUCCUGCUGACCAUCGACAGGUACCUGGCCAUCGUCCAUGCCACGUUCGCCCUUCGAGCCCGCACCAUUACUUUUGGCAUCAUCACCAGCGUCAUCACCUGGGUCCUGGCCAUCUUGGCUUCCAUCCCAAACUUGCACUUUUCCCAGACAAAGAAGGUGUUCACUGAGUAUGCCUGCAGCAUUUAUUUCCCCCAUGAAAGCCACCGGGCCUGGCGGUACUUUCAGGCUCUGCUGCUGAACCUGCUGGGAUUCAUGUUGCCUCUGCUGGUCAUGGUGUUCUGCUACACAGGCAUCAUCAGCAUCCUGUGUCGCCGGCCCAACGAGAAGAAGGUCAAAGCCGUCCGACUGAUCUUCGCCAUCAUGAUCAUCUUUUUUCUCUUCUGGACCCCAUACAACCUGGCUGUGUUUGUUUCUGCUUUCCAGGAGCACAUGUUCACCAACUUCUGCGAGCAGAGCAGGCAGCUGGCUGUGGCCCUGCAGGUAACACAGAUGAUUGCCUACACUCACUGCUGUGUCAACCCGGUCAUCUAUGUCUUUGUGGGUGAGAAGUUUCGGAAGUACCUGCGUCAACUCUUCCAGUGGCAUGGGGCCAUGUACCUGGAGAAGCCUCAGCCCUUCCUCAGCAGGGUCCGUCUGGAGAGGGCCAGCUCCACGUCUCUGUCCACCAGUGAGCACCAGCUUUCUGGCAUGCUCUGACUAAGAGACCGGUAGCCUCUGUGAUUCCUGGUGGGAGUGGCCUGCUGGGUGGGCCACCAGGCAGGGAGUGGCGGCUGUGAGGCUGUCCACACCAGAUUCCAACCCCCCCCCCACACACACCAUGGAAACAUAGCAUUUGGGACAGAUGGCACUUGAAGGUCUGGACUCAGUCACUUGGGGCUUCAAUCUUGCCAUGACUCUUCUUAGUGGAGAAGGACAAACGGGUGACACGGGACAUUCCAGAGUGUGAGCCUGUAAAUUCCAGGGAAUGGCUUGAGUCCAACAGGAUGCCCAGUCUUGGAACACUGGCAUUCGCAAAAAACCCCACUGCAACUGCCCUGAUCAGCUCAGAAACAGUGAUUUCCCUUAGCUGCCUCCCACACCCGUGCCAUCUUCUGGAAUUAUGGGAACACAGAACUCAGGGUGGCCCACUGGAUACUGACACAGGAAUGAGUUUGGGGAGGAGCUGUUGAUAGUGAAUAAAGGGGAAUAGGCAUCUGGGAAGAUGCCUGCCUGGCAGCUGGGCAGACAGCUGUCUGUCCUGAGCAGAGGAGGAGGGGCCCUGUAGCUCAUUCACCCAAGUUGUGCUUCCUUGCCCAGCUUCAGCUGAGGACCCUGCCCACCAUCCUUUGUCCCCCUCCUCCAGAUGGAUAGUCUAAGUGCCGGGGAGAUACUCCCAGGUUUCUCCUGACCAGUGAGCUCACAUCUUUGUUCAUCCUGUUUCCUAACAGACAGGAUUCCCUGUUUUACCACACCUGCUGUGUCCAGUAAGCCAGGAAAAGUCUCACCAAUGUGAACUAAUAGCAGAAGAAUUGCUUGCUAGACACCCCUGCAGAGUGGUGGAAGACUUAGGAUUCCUCUUUAGAAACAAUGCCACCUUCUCCAAAAGAUAAGCAAUGACCAACAGAGAAACCCUGAUGUACUCCUUGUUCAGGAUAAGUCUCCUGCUAGGAAGCCUGCUUGUGAUUUUCCACGGUUGCCUAAACUUUCAGCUCCCUGGCGAGUUGAGUCAUCUUCUUUGCUGAACCAAAUAAACAUCUAGAUUUGUUUCUUCUAUUUAGUGAUCAGCCCUGUCCCGAGCCAAGGCCCCAAGAACCAAAAACUAAUCUCAGGGAGAAACCUUUAUAUGCUCGUGUACAAACUAUGACUCCAACCCACCUUAUAAGACUUCAUAAGUUCAUUCUUCUGUUUCUGUUUUCGCUUGUGAGUGGAAACUCACCCGCCCAAUCUACUGUCCCAGUUUACCUAUCAUCUUCUCAACCAGUCCCACUCUCCAUCAGUAAAAAGUUACAGUGCUUCUCCCCUGCCGCCUCUCGCGGCACACUGCAUGGUUCCCAUGCUGGUGGUCCCAGAGAAAGCCAGCCGCCCCUGCACAAUCAGGUACCAUCCUUGCUUCAAUCUCUUUUCCUUCUUGUAUUUCUCUAUAUUUUGCCCCAAUCACUUAUAAAUUUUUUUUUCUGGAGGAUAAAAUCACCAUAUUAAGGACUUACUUACUGCAUAUAAUUUUCUGGUUUGUUUUAGAUGUUGUUCUAUAGCUACAAACCUAGUUCAUAGGGUUAAACUAAUAGUUACCAUAUUUUCACUUUUCUGGUGUGUUUGAUGCUAUUGUUUCUGCUGCUGGUACCACCUUAGCCAAGAUGACAUAGGUGUUCUAAUCAGUUGUUCUUCCCAGUGUGCCAAGACUGAGACUACCUCUGGGGCACGAGCAGCACUGCAGGCCAGUGCCAGAGAACCAUGGGCCAGGCCAAAUAGGCAGCUGUGGGAGGCUGCUAAGCUGCGUUCUCUGGAGAAAUGAAGCCCCUUGUCCCCAUCUUUCCCUUACCUUUACUUCAGCCCUGUUUGCUGAGAUAUGUAGAGCUAGCUAUGCUGAACCAGACUCUCCCCUAAUUGUCCACAAGAAUGUGACUGAGUCUGACAAGAUGAUAACCUGUCUCAUUGCAGCAUCUGGGUCAAAAGUGCUUCCGCUCCUGCUGGCUAGAAUGGGGACUAACUCUAACCGUACCCUAACCCUAACACUAAGACAUGAAGUCACAUCUCAGCUGGAGCCAUGGGACUCAAAAAGAAUUAUACUUUCCUGGCAGCAAAGGUGCCAGCCUCGCACACUGCAAAUUGGCCAUUGCAUUGUCAACUGGAGAGCCUCUGUGCCUGGUACAAAAUUGUUCUGUUUCUUUUUAUAGCCAAUGACUGCAACCUCCCCCCAGCACUCUGUCAUGACAACCACCCACCUCCCUAAUUGAAACCAAUAAAACUUGUGGCCUGUUGUUCCACAGAACACACUGGGUCAUUCUAGAGUUCCUCAACUGCAAAA